UUUCCAGAAAUUUUUUUUGACUUUACAAGAGACCCUGUAAAUGGAGGUACGUAUCAUUCGUACAAAAGCCUCAAAUGUCGGAGGUGAUAAAAACUCGUAACAUUUGUUUUGCUCUCUACGCUAUCACAGUCUUUUAUACUCUGUUAUGUUUUGAAUUCCAAGCAGUCGACCUUGAGGCAUGAGUUUUUCUCACCUGCGAGGACUUCUUUGAAUACUUCAAAAGCACUUCAGCUGACAUAAUUCAUCAGUUGUCACUUAGUUUUCGUUUUCUCAACAAGUUUGCUGUCAUCCAUUAACAUGGGAGGAUUUUCGAGGGACAAUCAAAAGUUCGACUCUUGAAAGCGAGUCGAAAAAAGAAGAUCGAAAAGGCUCGACUUUUCUCUAAAAUAUAAGGAAAUAUUCUGAACGAUUCAUCAGCUGUCACAUUCAAAAGUACAAUGAAGUUCUCCGUUAAAUUAGGGAUAAUGGGGCUAAUGGGAACAUUGCUCAUUUUUUCUUAUGACUAUCUCAUCAGAAACGUAACAUCCUAUGCUGAGGUUGCAUCCUAUGGAACCGGAGACGCUAUCGAAAAGCCACAAUCAAUAAUCACUGAAGAUGUCAUAAAAUUGGCCGUGGAGAUUGUACAGAAAACAGAAGGCCUGAGUCCGGAUGUGGGUAAUCGUCUGAUCCGAGAGCUCGUUUACCAAUUCAACAAAAUUUUAAAACCUGCCCCAGAAAACAAAAUCGAGAGCAAAGAAACGAAUAAGCAACGUACAUCGUCGCAGAUUUCGAGAUCGACUUCAGUCGAUAAUAAACACGACACCAAAAAAAAGGAUCUUGAGCCAUUGUACAUAAUAACACCGACGUUUCGAAGACCCGAACAAAUGGCCGAACUAACGAGAUUGUCACAAACCCUCAUGCUCGUCGAGAAUCUUCAUUGGCUCGUGAUCGAAGAUGCAAAAAUGUUGUCUCCUCAGAUCGCACGGUUCUUGAGUCGUACGGGCCUUGUUUUUGAACACCUUGUUGCGCCCAUGCUUAAAGAAUUCGAGAACUUGAACGAAUCGAAUGGCAGACCACGCGGAUCCGUCUGCAGAAAUCGUGGUCUCGAGUGGAUCAGAGCGAAUGCGACGAAUGGCGUUUUCUAUUUCGCCGACGACGACAACACCUACCACAUCGAUCUGUUUAAAGAGAUAAGAAGAACAAAAAAAGUUUCGAUGUUCCCGGUGGGCCUGUGCACACUUUUUGGAGUAAGUUCGCCAAUCGUAAAAAACGGUAAAUUCGCGGGUUUUUACGACUCCUUCACAGCUGGUAGGCAGUUCAUGGUGGACAUGGCGGGUUUCGCAGUGAGCGUUGAUUUCUUUCUCAAGAGACCCAAUUCGAAAAUGCCCCAUUCACGUGGUACACAGGAAAACGGUUUUCUCAAGAGUCUCGCUCCAUUCGAGCCUCGGGAAGCCGAAUUAUUGGCUGACAAUUGCACAAGGAUACUCGUAUGGCAUACCCAAACGAAGGAAAAUCGACCAAGCGCACCCCUCGACAUGACAUUGUAUAAUUCAACAAAUUUAGUUCUUCUUAAGCAACAAAUGGUUUAA